AUGUCGGAGGCAAUCGUGAUUAACCUCACGGCAUCGAAGCUAGAUCCCAGUUCAAGGAAGGCGUGGGAAUCGAGCGUGAAGCGCGGCAAGCUCCCGGUGUAUAAGGAAAUGAUAGCAAUUCUGAAGAAUCAGUUAGCCAUUCUGGAGCGCUGUGAAAGGGCAAAGCCGCAGACAAAACCGAAAGGUUCGAACUCAACCACGAAGUAUUCGUCAAUGUCAGGUGUCUGCAAAUCGCAUACGGCGAUUGUCAACAAAUCUGAGGAAGGAUGUGCAUUGUGCCAUGCGAAUCAUUCGGUAGAGCACUGUGACGCAUUCAAGAAGUUGAAUGCCAACGCUCGCUACGGUAAGGCUAGGCAGUUUGGGCUGUGCUUCCUUUGCCUGAAAAGGGGUCAUCGAACGAACGAUUGCAAAACGGUGAGAAAAUGUACGGCGUGCUCAAGGAAUCAUCAUUCGUUGCUGCAUCCCGAGGAGCACAAGGAGUCCCAGACACCAAAAGGCGUAGUUGAAACAACCCCCGACGUGAAGACCAUCGAUAAACCAGCUGCCAAGGACGUUUCGCCAUCGACAAAUUGUCAAGUGUCCUGCAAUAACAACGAAGUGCAACAACAGGUGCUGUUGGCGACGGCGGUUGCAUAUGUGAUCGAUGCAAGCGGACAACGGCACGUAUGCCGUGCUUUGUUGGACUCUGGAGCGAUGGCCAGUUUUAUGUCUCAGCACCUAGCAGACCUUUUGGACUUGAGGAAGGAGACCGCAGACGUUCCAGUUGUCGGCGUCACAGGAAUGCGAACAACGGUGAAGUUUAAAGUCCGUGCCAGAGUCGAAUCUUGUUCGUCUAAUUAUGCUUUCUACCAGGAUUAUCUGAUCGUACCUCGGGUGACCGGAGCUCUCCCUACUAAUCCGGUGGAAGCGGAUCGAUGGCCGAUUCCACAGGAUUUGUACUUGGCGGACUCUCGAUUCUAUGAGCCAAAUAGAGUCGACUUGCUGAUUGGUGCGGAAAUAUUUUUCGAGCUUCUGCUGCAAGGAAAGAUUAAGAUGGCUGAUGAAUUACCUGUGCUGCAAGAGAGUGUUUUCGGAUGGCUCGUGUCAGGACGGGUCAUUGAAUCAACAGCAAGCAACGUCCAAGUGUACCACGUAGCGAAGGAUGAACCAUCGGAUAAGGAGUUGGUGAAGGUACUCAAGCGAUUCUGGUCGGUGGAUGAUCAGAAAUUGGAGGUUCUGGAUCGAGCGGAGGAGGAUGAUUGCGAACGACAUUUUGUGCAGACGUACCAAAGGAUCAGCAGUGGACGUUUCAUUGUGCGGCUGCCUUUUCGAAAUAACGUGUCGGAGCUGGGCGAAACGCGACAGCAAGCUGAAAAGAGACUGCAAUCCUUACAGCGAAGAUUCAUCAAGGACCCAGAGCUGAAGCAAGCCUAUAAGGCAUUCAUCGAUGAAUAUGUCGCUCUUGGUCACGCUCGGAUCGUCGAUGAUACAACAGAUGCCGAUGGCUACACGUAUUAUCUCCCUCACCACUGUGUGUUGAAACCAGACAGUUCGUCAACGAAAUUGAGGGUGGUAUUCGACGCGUCAGCUAAGAGCUCUACGAAUUUGUCAUUGAAUGACGUGAUGAUAGCCGGACCAACAGUGCAGCCACAGUUGUUCGACAUUAUGCUGAGGUUCAGGUUCGUGAAAUACGCCUUCACGACAGAUGUGUCAAAAAUGUAUCGGCAGGUGAAGGUACAUGACGGAGACUGCCGAUAUCAGAGGAUACUGUGGUAUGAUAGCCAAGGCAAGCCCAUCGUGAUUGAGCUGACGACCGUAACAUACGGAACUUCGGCGGCUCCAUUCCUGGCGACUCGAUGUCUGAACCAACUUGCCGUUGAUGAACAGAACAACUUUCCCGAAGCCAGCGAAAAGGUGCUCAAAUGCUUCUAUGUAGAUGAUGCUCUCACUGGAGCCAACGAGUUGGAAGAAGCCAGGCAACUGCAGAGCGACCUUAUAAGUCUCCUGUCGAAAGGCGGAUUUGAUCUACACAAGUGGUGCGCCAACGACGCAGCACUGCUAAGCGAUAUUCCUCCGGAACGCCGAGAGAAGCAGGUCGAUUUUGAAAACCACGACGUGAACGAAGUCAUCAAAACUCUGGGACUGCUGUGGAAUCCCGUUGAAGACGAGUUGGUGUUUCGAGUGCAGUUACCAGAGAAACCGAAGGAUGGUCUGACGAAGCGGCAGAUAUUAUCGGAGGUCGCACGACUGUUCGACCCUCUCGGGCUGCUCGGACCUGCAAUAGUGAUAGCGAAGAUAGUGAUGCAAGAGCUCUGGAAGCAAGGUUUCAACUGGGAUGAUCCUGUAAGCGGAGAUGUGCUGAAUAAUAAAAUAGGCAGAGCUACACGUGAACACGUCUUUACUGGGUGA